UAAUGGAAGUGGACCGGUCGGUACGUAAGUAUCCGGCUCAUUCUGAUAACGACCGACGACCCUACCUUGUACGAAGCCAUUGCUACAAAUCAAGAAAACAACAACUGCAGCAGAAAUCAAGAAUGGCGAACCUCUUCAUUACCCUCUGUAUCUUCACAUUCAUCAUCACCGUCAAAGCUUGGACCGGUGAAAUUCACGGCCGAGUUGUCUGCGACGUCUGCGCCGAUGGUUCCGUCGGCCCUGAAGAUCACGUCUUAGAAGGUGCAGAGGUUGCGGUUCUUUGCAUAACAAAAUCUGGGGAAGUUUUAAAUUACCAAGCUUUUACAAAUUCAAGGGGGAUAUACACAGUUGCUGAAACGAUGCCCGAGAGUGAAAGGUGGGAUGCCUGUUUGGCAAGGCCUAUUAGCAGUUUCCAUGAACACUGCACUCAUCUUGGAGACGGGUUUUCAGGCGUCAAAUUUAGUUACAAUCAUGUAUCGGGCUACUCGCAUGCUGUCAAACCGUUUGUGUAUCGGCCCGCAAGUAUUCCAAUCUACUGUGGCUGAAUCUCGAGUGUUUGUUUAUCACUUUAUGCUAAUAAUAUGGCAGAAGUUAUUUUGUAUUUAGUUUGUAAAAUGGAAGUGGAUAAAUUGGAGUAGGGUUGUAGGGAUAUGGUAUUGUUUGGCUGGUUAAUGCUGUUAACAACCUGCCAUUGUGGAAGGGCUGCUGAUGACGGAGAUCUUGUAAUAAGUAGUAUAAGUUGUUAAGUUUUAUAUUUAUAAACUAUUUCUAUAUAAGGUUAUAAGUUUCUCAAAA